AUGGAAAUUUUUAAGAAACUGGAGAUCACCAUACCUUUUUGUGAAGCAUUGCAACAAAUGCCUUCGUAUGCAAAGUUUUUGAAGGAGCUCCUCACGAAGAAAAGAAAAUAUAUUGAGAAGGAGACCAUUGAAGUGCAAGGAGAUUGUUGUGAAAUCAUACCAAAAUUAUUACCUCCUAAGUUUAAAGAUCCAGGAAGCUUCACCAUUCCAUGUACUAUAGGAGAAUUAGAAGUGGGAAGAGCAUUGAUUGAUUUGGGAGCUAGCAUUAACCUAAUGCCGCUUUCUAUGUUCAAGAAGAUUGAAGGCUUGGAACUUAGGCCUACUAGAAUGGCGCUCCAAUUAGCAGACCGGUCUCUUAAAUACCCUUAUGGGGUGGUUGAAGAUGUGCUUCAGAAAGUAGACAAAUUUUUAUUUCCGGUGGAUUUUGUCAUAAUGGAGAGGAGGAGAAUGGAGAUGUGCCUAUCAUUUUGGGGAGACCAUUCAUGA